AUGUCAUCCGAGACGCCCUCGACACUGAGGAAUCUCCCUCCGCGUAGCUCUGCGGCAGGGGGCUUCUCAUCUCCUCUAGAGACCAGCUCUUCAACAGCAAAAGGGGCGUCGCCAUUAGCGUCCAAGGUCACAUCCGUGCUGUCAACCUCGUACUCCGAUACUGAAUUUCGAGAUGCUCUAUCCCUUCUGGAUCAGCGGGGAGUCAGCAACACUGCCGAAACUAGACGCCGGAUUCGUAUGGAUCUCCAGAAAGAGGUGAUUGACAGCAAUGGUGAGAUUAUAAGCGAGUUUGGCCGAGUUGCAGAGCAACUACACAAAAUAAAAGCGACCGUGGAUAAAUUGAACGCGAGCUAUAACGAUAUGAGGAAACAAAUUGUUUCCGCACACUCAGAUACGGAACCCGCUCUGGUCGAGGCCAACUCGCUCUUAGGCCAGAGAAAGCAGAUUGAGACAAAGCAAGAGCUGCUCGAGGCUUUUACACACCACUUUACCAUGUCGGACGAUGAGCUGGCUGCCCUAACAAUGACGGCUGAACCUGUGGACAACUGUUACUUCGAUGCUCUGGCGAAGGCCAAGAAGAUAAACAAGGAUUGCGAAGUCCUCCUUGGGUUCGAGAAGCAGACUCUCGGCCUUGAAUUGAUGGAGCAGACUUCAAAGAGCAUCAACCUUGGAUUCCAAAAGCUGUACAAGUGGGUACAGCGUGAAUUCAAAACGCUCAACCUUGAGAACCCUCACAUGAACGCUUCCAUGCGUCGAGCGCUUAGGGUCCUUGCUGAGCGACCGUCACUAUUCCAGAACUGUCUAGACUUGUUUGCUGAGUCGAGGGAAAGAAUCAUGUCCGACUCCUUCUACACAGCACUGACAGGGGAAUCGUCAUCCGGAGUGGAAGACCCUUCAACGAAGCCUAUCGAUCUGACUGCCCACGACCCCCUCCGCUACGUGGGAGACAUGCUGGCCUGGAUACAUUCGGCAACAGUCAGCGAGCGCGAAGCGCUCGAGUCCUUAUUUGUUUCCGAUGGUGAUGAGCUUGCAAAAGGGCUCCGAUCGGGUCGCGAUGCUGAAUUAUGGCGACUCGUGGCAGAGGACGAUGAAAAGGACGGUGGUCCUGCUGAGUUCAAUCCCCUCGAGGCAUUGAACAAUCUUGUCGACCGUGAUAUCCUGGGUGCUUCCCGCGUGUUGCGCCAGAGAGUUGAACAGGUCAUACAGAGCAACGAGGAGAUUGUUCCAGCCUACAAGCUUGCAAAUCUCCUUGAAUUCUACCUUGUCACAUUCCAAAAACUCCUCGGUCCGGAUUCGAAUCUCCUAGAGUCCAUGAAGGCCCUUCAAGCAGAGGCCAUGAGACAGUUUCGCGCCCUCGUCCGCGAACACAUUGCAACUUUGCAAGCAGAGUUCCAACAAACACCUUCCGAUCUCGGGCCGCCCUCUUUCCUUCAGGAAUCUCUCAAGCAGCUGGAUGCGUACAUGCAAACGUACGACCUGUCGUUAGCCAAUGUGGAAGAACGUGAGGCUGGCUUUGAGAGCAUCCUUGCAGAAGCAUUCGACCCUUUUAUUGCCGGAUGCGAGAACAUGGCCAGUGCUAUGAAGACCCCGGACGCGACCAUCUUCCUCAUCAACUGCCGCCUCAUGGCAUCUGUGUCCCUCGGAAAGUUUGACUUCACACAAUCGAGGCUCCGCGAACAACAGGCCAAGACGGACGCAGGAACAAAGGAGCUGGUGGAAAUCCAACAUCAGUAUUUCCGAAAUAUGUCGGGCCUAGACUCCAUACUUGAGGCUGUAUCAGAAGGAAAGGAUACAGCAAAGGACACACUACAGAUCAGCAGGCUAUCCGAGGCUAGCCAGCGCCUAGAUGACUUCUUGCCUUCGGCUUGGAUGGACGCCAUGGAGACACUGAGGCACCUCCAAGACUCAGGGCUGGCACAUCGUAUUACCGAGGAAGCUGCCGAGCUAUUCUGUGCCGACUUUGAAAAGCUUGAAGACGCCAUUAUCGAGGCUGAUGGCGACUCAACCGACGACGAGGAAACUCUGGGUGAAUUACGCUCAGCGUUUCAACGAACAACCGCAGAGAUUCGGGUGCUACUAUCAUAG